AGUCGUUGUCCUAUCUUACCUUCACCAUCUUGUAUACGUUGCAAUCAUACCAUCCACCCGAUCGCAAAUACUCGAUCUUGCUCUUCUGACACGUCUUCGUCAUCGAAGCCAAAGCCUCGACAACAGACCUGAGAACCCGCUCACGAGCCUCCCUGCAUCGUGUCCAGCAUGCCCACCUCCACCCUCAAUCACAUCCUCAGUACUCUCCGACCCCUCCUAGGUGGUAUCCCACCUAUCCCACCAGGGGAAGGCGGUACCUUCUUCACGCCCAUCACUCCCUUUUUCCUCUUCUACCUCUUCCUCACUGCUGCUCUCGGUAUCAAGCUCAUGAAGCGUACUGCUGCAUGGCGUCAAACCUGGAUUGUACUCCUGCUUGCGGCUUGUAGGAGUUGCUAUAUGGGCUUGAGGUGGAGAGAGGGAGACCCGAGAGGGUUUGCAUUUGCGGUCGAGGGAGCCCUGUUGCUCAUUCCUGGAGCGUUGAUGUAUUACUCGAUCUUGUCCCUGUUUCGUGACGCUGUAUACUCCUACCAACCGACUAGUUGGCUAGGCAGGGCAGUGCUCAAGACUUUCCCGCGUUCCGCACUGCUCGUCACAUCCAUCCACCUGACCAUAGUCACUCCCAUACCGGCAGUGACAUGGCGAGCAGCAGCGCGCCUGUCGAUACAAGCGGCCAAGUGGGCUCACCGGCUCAAUCUCUGGUCCGCCUCGAUGGGCUGCGGGACGAUGCUCCUUGCAAAUCUCGCAAUGCUCGUGGCGUGGGGAAGUCGCACAGCUGACCUACGCUUCAUGCCUGGCUACCACUACGAGCCACGCAAGGAGCGGGCCAAGCUCCUCGCGAUGCACAUCAUGGUCGUCACCUACAGUCUAGCAAUCUUCUACCGAGGAGCUGCCUUUUUCCUCUCAGAGCAGUACACCUGGCUCGACUCUUCCGGAGCGGUGAGUAUGCGGUGGCCAUAGUGCUUCUCGAUCUCGACCAAGAGUCGAUGCAGGGGACCGGUGCUGACUU